AUGGGUUUUGUUUACCUAAUAUUACUAUUAGGUAUUGAACUGUUUUCAAUUGCUAAGGCAAACAAAAACUGCCAAGACAAAAAAGCUGUAAUUACAUUGAAUAAAGAUGUUCUAAAGUGUAGCAUUGAAGGGUUUGAAUAUGUUCACAACAUGAUGGUGGAGUAUCGCCUGUAUGCAGAGGAAGAACCUCAACAUCUAGCUGCUAUUUCAUACACGAACGCAGUCGAGAAUGCACGAUUCUCCACAGAGCACCUGAAGGAAGGAUUGUCAGAGAAGAAGGUGUACUGCAGUUACCACUACAAACCUACAAAUACUCUGAUGCCCACAUGUAACGAGGUCCGGAGCAAUAACAGUAUUAAUUUUGGAUUUAUCUGUCCCAUGAUCCCACCUGAAUCUGAAGUGAACCAGUUUCAAGAGCUAACCUUGAAAUUAAACAACCCUCCUGAUUUGUACUGCAUACGGAAUCAAACUUCCUGUCCUAUAACAGCACGCAUAGAGUUUUUCAAUAAUACUAAACUCUGCCGCAGUAGAACACCACAAAGGACGUCAACAUCAGCCCUUAUGGUAUAUGACAGCUGUACCAAUGAGUUUACUGCUGAUAAUUGGAAGUCAGGGGUAGUGUUCAAAGUUUUAAAGAACACAAAUUUCUUUAUAAGCAACAAUAUUGGUAAAGACCAAGCUGUUUUUCUGGAUUUUUAUUAUGAUGCUGAAAAAAAGCAUAAGCACAUUAACUGUAUAAAACCAACCAUAAUAAAUCUAAAACCAGUUGAAGAGGAAAUGAGUAAAUGUGAAUCUGUAGCGGAUCCACAUAUCAAAACUUUUGACAAAACAAUGUUACUAUUGGAGAGCUUUUAUUCCAGAGGAGGCUCAAGACACACUGAAAAAGUUGCCGAAAACAUCUCAGAAAUGUCCAUUUACUGGAAGGUGGUCGAAAAUGUGAACGCUGAGGAUAUGGCAGAAGCAAAGGCAUAUUUAAGAAUAAACAGAUAUGGUGCAAAUGAUGGAAUACUUGAAGAAGAAGAUUACAUAGGCAAAUUGUUGGUGCCACGAGAUGAUUUCAGAAAAAAAUUAAUAAAGGGUACCAGAAUUACUAAAUUAAAUGAAAAAGAGUAUGAGGUGCUCUUGCCUAAUGGUGACUCUGUUAAAGUAAAGCUGGAAGACACAGGAUUUUCACUAACAGUAUCUAUCUCGUCUUUACCAUCAAACUAUAAGCAAGUUAAAGGGUUCUGUGCCAUUAAAAAGAAUGAGAAUGCCCAAGAUGCCAUGAAGACUUUCUUGAUAGAAGAGAAAGACUCUAACUUUAAAGGAACAAAAGAAUCGUCCACCAAGCAAAGCUCCACGCAGAAUGUCUGUCUUUGUGAAAGUGGUAGAGAAACUUGCAUGGAAACCCUCUCAUAUGUGGGUUGUAAUGAAGCUGUAAAUUAG